AUCAAUAUAAAACACAGAGACUUUUCCUUAAAAAUCUAUCAAUACAGACAUAUAUUAUUAAACUGCAAAUAUGGUAACCUAAAUAUCUGCCUUUUUUAAAUAUUUGAAUAUUCAAAUUCCUCCCAAAAACAGUCCAGCCUUAGAAAAGUUACAGCAGAACAGAAGGUCCAUUGAGACGCCAAGGCAGCAGAAGCAGAACCACAGAUCAGAGACAAAUUUGUGGGAAAACGACAUCAGACACAACAACUAGCAUCAAACAUGCAGUGGACUCUGGUCCUGCUCAUUUGGAUGGGUCAAUAUUGUGUGAUUGUUUGUCAGCUGUAUGAGUUUCACUACAUUAAUGAGAAUAAAACCUGGACUGAAGCUCAGCAGUACUGCAGAGAGAAACACAUUGACCUGGCCACAGUGACUAACAUGAAGGACAUGGAGAGACUCAACAACAUCUUACCUGGAGAUUGGAGUGGAGCUUGGAUUGGUCUGUAUUAUCAAACAGAUGGUACCAGAAAGUGGCACUGGUCUGAUCCUGGACUGGAGUUCAAUGAAAAUGAGACAAACUGGAACCAAGGAGAACCAAAUGAUGCAACUGGGUGGCAGAACUGUGGAUACAUAUGGAAGAGCCUGAAGUGGGGAGACCUGUCCUGUAAUGAUCCUCGAUAUUUUCUCUGCUAUGAUGACAGAAAUUCAUCCAAGAAAUAUCACUUGAUUCAAGAAAGGAAAACUUGGACAGAAGCUCAGAGUUACUGCAGAGAGAAACACACAGACCUGAUCAGUGGAACGAAGCAACUACAGGAUGAAGAAGUGAAGAAAGAAACCAGCUCUGUGGGAGAUGAUACAUACAUUUUAAUUGGUCUGUUCAGAGAGAAAUGGAGGUGGUCAGAUGGAAGCAGUUUCUCUUUCAGAAACUGGACAAAAUUGUUUGACAAUCAGCCAGAAUACAGAGGUCAAUGUGCCAUGACUGUGUUUGGUGAUGGAGUCAGAUGGAAGAAUGAGAACUGUGAUGGAAGAAAACCCUUCAUCUGUUAUGAUGAUAAAUUGAUCCUGAUCAAAGAAAAUAAAACCUGGAAGGAGGCCUUGACCUACUGCAGAGAUCGUGAAGAAAGAAAUGAUGACCUGGUCACCAUCACCAACAUGGAUGGUCAGAGAUGGAUCCAGGAGAAAGUCAAGAACGCAUCGACUCCUUUUGUCUGGUUGGGUCUGCGCUUCAACUGCUUCAAGAACAUCUGGUUCUGGGUCUGUAAGGAGAAGAUCAGCUAUCAGAACUCGACCUCAGCAGGAUGGAUGAACAACUGUAACACGUCUGGAGCCAUGCAGGCUGGAGGAGAACAUAGAUGGUUCCAAAGAAACGACACAGAGGAACUGAACUUCCUUUGCUCUAAGGUUUAAAGCUCUACGUCGUGGCAUUAGGGCCACAGCAGACCAAAGGAACGAUGAGUCCAAAGACGAGAUAAUGUUGAUUAGAUGCAGACUGUCUCUUAAAACCACUACAGUAAGAAAAAUAUUGUUGCUUUUUAUAUUCAAAUCACAGAAGCUAUUUCAAAGUAAAAGCUAUUGUAUCAUACAUGGUGUAUUCUUUAAAAACUCUUGCCUGAAUCACAGCUGGACCAAAAGCUUUUACAAUGCUGAUGUUUUGAAAAACUAAGAUGAUGUGUUUCUCUCUUAUUGUUGCCAAUAUUUGAUCUUGUGCCUCCAGAGGUUGUCAUGGAUGCUGUUUUCCAGACAUUUCUUUCUGAUUUUAUGCAUCUUUGUAUUGCUUUACCUAAAUAAAUAAAUAACCGAGUGUAUGACUA